AUGGUUGGCCGGGGAAGGGGAAUCGAGAUGACGCGUCCGGCCUGGAUGACGGCGGGGCCGCCCGUUCCCGGUGGCCUGGGCCAACCCGCCCCAGCAGGACCGCCACGUGUGCCAGGACCUACUGGACCAGGGGCUGCAGGUCCAGGUCCACAGGCUUUUGCCCCUGCCCCUGCUCAUGUCCCGCUGCCUGCCCCAAACACUGCCUCUGGCCCAUUUCCUGGCCUUCCUCCAGGGACCCGGCCGCCAGGGAUGCCAGGACAGACGAUGAUGGCACCCAGGCCAGUGAUGCCUCAGGGUUUGAGGCCCCCUCCCGGAGUUGCCAUUCCGCCACCACACUUAAGGCGAGGCCCUCCAGUGUCACUGCCAGGAGUUGUCCCAUUAUCCCGGCCCCUUGGGCUUGCGCCACCAGUUGGGCUUCCUCCUCAAAGACCUCACAUGGUGCCACCUGGGCCCCUUGGCCCCACUCCACGCCCCCACCCUGGAUUGGUGCCCACAGGCCAGGGACUACCACAGGGGCCACGACCUGUACUUCCUGCACCUGUACCUCAAAGGUUCCCCAUGCCAUUUAUGGCCCCACAGCCUGCUGCUGGUGCACCCCAUAUGCGACCUCCCCCUGGGCAACUGCCAGUCCCCCAUCCAACUGCUGUUCCUCCCACAGCUGCUACAGUCCCACAGCCUGACAGCAGGCCCAAGUCGGAGUGGACCGAACAUAAGGCCCCAGAUGGCAGGACGUACUACUACAACACCACAACGAGGACUUCCAGCUGGGAGAAGCCCCCAGAGUUGAUGGGCACCCAGGAGAAAGCCGAUGCUGAAACCAGCUGGAAAGAAUUUGUCAGCCCGGAAGGCAAGAAAUAUUACCACAACAAGAUAACUAAGCAGUCCCGAUGGGAGAUGCCGGAAGAGCUGAAGCAGGCCAGGGAGGCUUCAACAGCCAUGAAGAGCAAGCCGCAGAGCACUCAGCCCACAGUGCAGGUCAUCAAGCUUGAGGGAGCUGCAUCAGGUCCUCCAAAGGGUUUAGAGCAGAAUGGAGUGGACAGGGCAGAUGGGCAGCUGCCUGGAAGCAACAAAGCGAUGCCGCCUGGAAGCAACAAAGCGAUGCUGCCUGGCAAUGGCUUGGUGGCCCGCAGCACAAAAUCUGAACCUGAGGGUCACUUCCAGUAUGCUACAAAGGCAGAAGCAACGGAGGCUUUCAAGGAACUGCUGGAUUCUGUCGGGUGCACUUCAGACUGGACCUGGGAACAGGCAAUGCGACUUAUCGUGAAUGACAAGCGCUACGGGGCGCUCAAAUCUCUGGGCGAGAAGAAGACCUGCUUCAAUGAAUAUGUCCAGGAGCGGAGAAACAAGGAACGUGAGGAGGAACGGAUGCGGCACCAAAUUGCGAAGGACGACUUCAUUGCAAUGCUUGAGAGCAGCUCAGAGUUGAGAUCGUCUACUCGCUACUCAAAGGCCAAAGAGAUAUUUGAAGAUGAUCCUCGUUGGAAGGGCCUUGAUGACAAAGAGAGGGAGAGGAUGUACCUUGAACACUUGCGGGAACGAGAGCGAAAGGAGAGGGAUGAGAAGCGUGCGGAGAGAGGCGCCAAGAUGGGCAAGUUUCGGGAGCUCCUGGAGAAGAGGACUGUUGUGCAUGUGAAGGCAAGCAGCCAGUGGCGGAAGGUUGCUGACAAACUGGAGGGCUACGAUGAGUACGAGGCCCUUGACCGCAGCGAACGGCUGGAAGUGUUUCAGGACUACAUGCGUGAGCUGGAGCGCAAGGAAAUGGAACAGAGGGAGCUGGAGCGCCAAGAGCAACACAGGAAAGAGAGGAAGAAUCGCGACAAGUUCAUGGAGUUCAUGAAGGAGCAGAGGGAGCAGGGCAAGCUCCACGCAAAGUCCCGAUGGAAGGAGUACGCAAACAGCAUUCGCAAGGAGGAGGCAUACAUAGCUGUGGACAAGAACAAGUCUGGUUGCCGCCCAAAGGAACUAUUUGACGACUUUGUGGAGGAGAUGGAGGAAGAAUUUGACAAGCACAAAGCAGCAAUGAAGGAAGUAGUGAAGCGCUCUGGUAUUGCUGUCCUUGUCAGCACAAUCUUUGAAGAGUUCAACGAUGCCCUAAACGCUUCCAGUGAGAAAAUGAAGUCGAUCAGGGAAAUAAACAAGCGGCUCAUUCAUGAAGAACUCGUUUCGAGGGCAAAGGACAAGGAAGCUAAGGAGCUCAAGAGGCGCAAGAAGCUGCGCGAGGAGCUCUCAAGUGCCCUGAGGUAUUGCAAGGGUAUCAAAGAGGACACUUCCUGGGAGGAGGCUAUGAAGAUUUUGAGAAAGGAAGCAGAUCUGAGGGAUCUGGAGGAGGAAGAUUCUGACCUUCGUGGGGUGUUUGAGGAGUACAUAACAAAGCUCAGGAAGAAGGAGGGAAAAAAGGAAGAAAAGAAGAGGGAGAAGAGGGAAAAGAAGGAGGAAUCGGAGUCAGGGGACUUGGAGGAUGAUCACAAGCGCUCGAAAACUCAUAAACAGCGCAAGUCCCACAGGCGCCACCACAGUGCAAGCGGGGAGAGCGAUGAGGAGGAGGACCAUGCUCGAAAAAGGAGGCACAGGAGUAAGCGGCAUCAUGAUGACUCCGAUGAUGAAGGAAGAAGGCGCACAAAGCGACACAAAAAAGACAAGGAGAAGGGGAAGGACAGGGAAAGGGACAAGGAAAGGGGGAGGACAAAGGAGAGAGAAAAAGAAAAGGCCAAGGACACUGACCUUGGCGACAGGGAACCAGACCAAAGAGAACGGCCGAGGAAAGACAAAUCUUGUACAAAUGAUGACAGCAGUUGGCAAUCACGGCCACAAAAUGAUGGUGAGGGUGCAGCUCCUGAGGCUGACAUGGAUGAUGAGCUGCACGCUGACCUCAUACCAUCCAUGCCAGAAGACAGGCCCAGCCCCAUGGCCAUCGACAGCCAACGCGACGCCUCCAGAGAAGAAGGAGAAAUGCCAGAUGCCUGUGAGGAAGGCGAGACGCAGGCAGCAGAUGCUGGUGGUGGAAGAGAGAGGUCUGAAGAAGGGGAGCUGUGA